AUGUCUUCCAAUAAAGUACAAUAUCCAUUCUGGUACGGAGGUGCCGCCAGUAUGACUGCAUGUUUAGUAACACAUCCCCUAGACUUGGCCAAAGUUAGAUUACAAACAGCUUCGAAACCUGGACAAUCCCUAGCUGGUAUGAUCAUUCAUAUAAUCACGAAAGAAGGUCCACUUAAGAUUUAUUCCGGUUUAUCGGCUGCAUUACUUAGACAAGCUACUUAUUCAACUGCAAGAUUCGGUAUAUAUGAAUACUUGAAAGAUGCAUAUAUAGCCAAGACUGGGAAUCAAAAACCAAGUACAGCUGUAUUAUUACCAAUGUCCAUGAUAGCUGGUGCUAUGGGUGGUAUGGUUGGUAAUCCAGCUGAUGUUGUCAAUAUCAGAAUGCAAAAUGAUAGUACUCUCCCAAUAGCACAAAGAAGAAAUUAUCGUAAUGCUGCUGAUGGUCUUUGGAGAAUAUGUAAAGAAGAAAGUCCAAGUUCUUUAUUUAGAGGAUUGAUGCCAAAUUUAGUUAGAGGGGUAUUAAUGACUUCGGGACAAGUUGCAAGUUAUGAUGUUGCCAAGGAAGUACUUGUGGAUACUUUACAUAUGGAUCCAACUAAAAAAUCAACUCAUUUCAGUGCAAGUUUGAUUGCUGGGUUAGUGGCUACUACUGUAUGUUCGCCAGCUGACGUCGUAAAGACAAGAAUUAUGAAUAGUAAAGGAAGUGGAGAAGGUGCUGUGACACUUUUGAAGAAUGCGGUAAAGAAUGAAGGUGUUGGGUUUAUGUUUAGAGGUUGGUUACCUUCAUUUAUGAGAUUGGGUCCACAUACCAUUGUUACCUUUUUGGUAUUGGAACAAUUAAGAAAGUUUAAAUUGGGGAUGUAG